CCACGCCUGCGCAGUGGAGCUCGCGCGCGGAGUUCUGCGCUCCGGUGAAGGUCCGGCGGCGCGCGGCGACCCCAUGGAGGAGCCACGGGAGGAGUCGGAGCCCCUUCUGAGCCGGGCCCGGGGCGGCAGUGGCCGCCCGGCGGGCUCGGCCGGCUCCCGCGGCGUCCGCGUUGGGCCUGGUGCUGAGUCCAGGCAGGAUCUCUGCUUUGACCAGGCUGCCGUCUUCAUCGAAGAUGCCAUCCAGUACCGCUCCAUUAACCACCGCAUGGACGCCAGGUCGAUGUGGCUUUACCGACUGUAUUACUCCAACACCUGCCAGUGGACGUUGAGCCUCACCAUCUUCUUGAUCCUGCUUUUGGCUUUUAUCGAGACCCCUUCCUCGCUCACUAGCACCGCGGACGUCCGCUUCCGCUCGGCCCCCUGGGACCCGCCCUGUGGCCUCACCGAGAGCGUCGAGGCGCUCUGCCUGCUGGUCUUUGUGGCUGACGUGUCUGUGAAGAGCUAUCUGGUUGGAUGGGCCCAGUUCCGGAAGAACCCCUGGCUGCUGGCCUACCUCGCAGUGCUGGUCGUGUCUCUCGCGGACUGGAUUGUGUCGCUGAGUCUGGUUUGCCAGGAGCCCCUGCGGAUUCGCAGGCUCUUUCGCCCCUUCUUCUUGAUGCAAAACUCCUCCAUGAUGAAGAAGACGCUCAAGUGCAUCAGGUCGUCGCUGCCGGAAAUGGCCAGUGUCGCGCUGCUGCUGGCACUGCACCUGUGCGUCUUCACCAUGCUCGGGAUGCUUCUCUUCACAGGCGAGAAGCAGGACGACGGGCAGGACCGGGAGAGGCUGACGUACUUUCGCAACCUGCCGGAGGCCCUGACCUCCCUCCUGGUGCUGUUGACCACGGCCAACAACCCUGACGUGAUGACUCCUGCCUACUCCAAGAACCGGGCCUAUGCCGUCUUCUUCAUAGUCUUCACCCUGAUAGGAAGCUUGUUUCUGAUGAACCUGCUGACGGCCAUCAUCUACAACCAGUUCCGGGGCUACCUGAUGAAGUCCUUCCAGACCUCGCUGUUCCGGAGGCGGCUGGGGGCCCGGGCCGCCUACGAGGUCCUCUCCUCCAUGAGCACACGGGGAGAAGCCCACCCUCGAGGGGUCGGGGUGGACCCCCAGGACUUCCUGCAGGUGCUCCAGAGAGUCCAGCUGGACAGCCACCAGAAACCGGUCAUCAUGGAGAAGGUGCGUUCCUACGGUGGCGACCUUCUGUCGGCCGAGGAGUUUCAGAAGCUCUUCAACGAGUUUGACAAAAGGGUGAUUAAAGAGCGCCCGCCGCGGCCCGAGUACCGGUCUCCCUUCCUGCGGAGCGCUCAGUUCCUCUUCAGCCACCGCUAUUUUGACUACCUGGGGAACCUCAUCGCCCUUGGGAACCUCGUGUCCAUUUCUGUGUUCUUGGUGUUCGAUGCCGACGUGCUGCCCGGGGACCGUGAUGACUUCGUCCUCGGGAUUCUCAACUGCGUCUUUAUUCUGUACUACGUGCUGGAGCUGCUGCUCAAGGCGUUCGCUCUGGGCCUGCGGGGGUACCUGUCCUACUCCAGCAACGUAUUUGAUGGGCUCCUCACCGUCGUCCUGCUGGUUUUGGAGAUCUCAACUCUGGCUGUGUACCGAUUCCCACACCCAGGCUGGAAGCCAGAGAUGCUGGGCCUGCUGUCGCUGUGGGACAUGGCCCGGCUGGUGAACAUGUUCAUCGUGUUCCGGUUCCUGCGCAUCAUCCCCAGCAUGAAGCUGAUGGCCUUGGUGGCCAGUACCAUCCUGGACCUGAUCAAAAACAUGCGGGCCUUCGGCGGGAUCCUGGUGGUCGUGUACUACGUCUUUGCCAUCCUGGGCAUCAACCUGUUCCGAGGUGUCGUCGUGGCGCCUGGAAACGGCAGCCUGGCCCCCGACAACAGCUCGGCGCCCUGCGGAAGCUUCGAGCAGCUGGAGUACUGGGCCAACAACUUUGAUGACUUCGCGGCCGCCCUGAUCACUCUGUGGAACGUGAUGGUGGUGAACAACUGGCAGGUGUUUCUGGACGCCUAUCGGCGCUUCUCGGGCCCGUGGUCGAAGAUGUACUUCGUGUUGUGGUGGCUGGUGUCAUCUGUCAUCUGGGUCAACCUGUUUCUGGCUCUGAUUCUGGAGAAUUUCCUCCACAAGUGGGACCGCCGCGCUCACCUGCAGUCCCUCGCUGGGGACCCAGAUACGUGCUGUCAGGUGACUGUGGAUCUCCUGUUCAGGGACGUCCUGGAGGAACCCACGGAGGAGGAGCUGCUGGAGAGGCUGAGCUGUCACCCGCACUUGCGGCUGUGCAGGUGACCCCCAGGUGCGCCGUCCUGGCACGGGCGGCAGGUGGCCGUGUGGCCUCGAGACGGACGCCGUCGAGGCAGCAGCCCGGGAGGAGAGACUUUGCGUGGCCGGAAUUCUCCACCCACGCGAGGCGGGAGCGGAGAGCAGGGCCCUGUUCGCUGCCCGGCGGAACCACCACCUACCAGCGGCUUUUCCUCGCGGCGCCUUGGGCUCCGCGCCCGGCCGCUUUCUUUGGUCGGCUGCUGCAGUGAGACUUUGACUUUUCUCCACCCGGGUGGAGGGUGACUCCCCGGGACCUUUGAGACCGUCUGGAAAGCAGGAGGCAGUGGCCUUCCUCGUGGGCCCUGCGAUUUCCGUGGUGCCUUCGCUGCCGGUGGCCUUCAGGGACCACGGGCCCGCCUGGGGCCUGCACGGGCCAACCGGCAGCUUUCCAGGGCAUUCAGUUUGGGUGGUUUUAGAGGAAGAGAAUCUUAAGGGUUUUAUUGUUUUAUGGCUCCCAUGAGUACUGAUUGGACGGAUUUCUUUACGUGUCAGAAUGCCCAUAGUUUUUAUCCUUGCGAAGAGUGAGGUCGUCAUUCUUAUGUGGACACAACUCCAGUCCUGCUUCUCUGGAGCAGGGUGGCCAGGUAAGGUUGUUUAGGUUGUGCACUGUAAACCUGGCUGCGAGGGUGUGUCCAGGCACUGGAAUGUCUCCCCAGGGUGACGGGUACCUUUUUCUAACUUGCAUAAAGGCACGUGUAAGCCAGUG